AUGUUUGGAUUAGGUGGUGCUGCUCCUCAAGUUUCAAGUCAACAAAAACUUCAAGCCGCUGAGGCUGAAUUGGAUAUGGUUACUGGAAUGUUCAACGCUUUAGUUUCCCAAUGUCACAAUAAAUGUAUUAACAAAGCAUACAGUGAAGCUGAUGUUUCCAAGCAAGAAGCUUUAUGUUUAGACAGAUGUGUUGCUAAAUACUUUGAAACUAAUGUUCAAGUCGGUGAAAACAUGCAAAAAUUAGGUCAAUCUGGUCAAUUUAUGGGAAGAAGAUAA